UUGAGGAUCAAUAUAACAUACCAUCAUUGUUAGCAAGCCGAUCAGUUUGUUUACCUUGAUGUAAGCAGACUGCAUUACAAUGGAGAAUAACACCAGUGAGGAGGAGAGCCAGCCCUCUGCCAGCAGGAUGAGGAGAUGCUGGAAUAAGAUUAUGCGGAAUAAAUUUCUGGCUUCAAGUCUGACAGCUGUUGUCCUGGGUAUUGUCCUGGGUUUUGUUCUCAAGAUCUGUGUCCACAUGACCGAACUCCACCAACUCUACAUUGGCUUUCCAGGAGAAUUACUCAUGCGGAUGCUUCAGGCGGUGACCAUUCCUCUCAUUGUUACAAGUGUGAUAACAGGAGUUUCUGGUCUAAGCGUUAAAACCUCCAAAAGAAUUGGUUUACGUGCAGUGAUAUACUUUGUCUCAACCACUCUUCUGUCUGUUUGUACUGGAUUGAUACUGGUACUGCUAAUCAAGCCAGGAAUUGCUUAUGCUGUUAAAAAAGAUGAUGACGAAUAUGAGCAGGCCUUCUCCACUAUCGAUGCCUUGUUGGAUCUAAUAAGAAACAUGGUCCCAGACAACUUGAUUCUGGCUUGCUAUAGACAGCUUUUGGUCUUGUUACAGAAUUUGACAGAAAUGCAAGUGGUGGGAAGCUAUGUUGAAGGAACCAACAUACUGGGCCUGAUUGUCUGGUCUUUUAUUCUUGGUGUGAUCCUUAACAGAAUGGGAGAAAGUGGCCAAGCGCUUAUGGAGUUUUUGACUAUCCUCAACGAGGCCACAAAAUGUGUGGUUGACUUGAUACUGGGCUACUUGCCAAUUGGAGUGCUGUUCCUGAUUGCAAGCCAUGUUGUUGAGGUUCACGACUGGGAAACUACCUUCAAACUCGGAAAGUUCAUGGUAGUAGUUAUUACUGGGCUUAUAAUCCAUGGAACAAUAACUCUACCACUGAUGUAUUUGCUGAUAACGAGAAGAAACCCCAUUGCUGCUAUCAAGGGGUUUUCUCCUGCCUUACUGACUGCAUUGGUCAUUUCGUCCAGCUCUGCCACACUGCCACUUACUUUGCAAUGUUGUGAGGAGCGACUGAAGUUCGACAAAAGAAUCACUCGCUUCAUGCUGCCCAUCGGAACCAAUAUCAACAUGGAUGGGACUGCCCUUUAUGAAGUGGUGGCAGUAGUUUUCAUCGCUCAGCUCAAUCACAUCGAGCUGAACCUGAGCCAGUUGAUUACUCUUUCUGUGACAUCAACAGUGUCCAGUAUAGGAGCAGCAGGGACCCCAGCUACAGGAGCAGUGACCACUAUCUUAGUUUUGUCUGCGAUUGGUCUACCUGCGAAGGAGGCCACCAUUCUGGUUGUUAUAGAAUGGCUCCUAGACCGCUGCAACACUGUUGUCAAUGUCAUGGGAGACUGCAUCGGCGUGGCCAUCAUUCACCAAGUGUCAAAGAAUGAGCUGGCAGAAAUGGAUGAGCAAGUACAGGAAAUGACAAGGAUGCAUGGCAGUGAUGAUGAAAGCCUCUCCCCAGAUGAGAUCCAGGUCCACAUCAGAAGCCAGGACUCUAAUAAAGACAUCCUCUACAUCCUGUCAGAAUCACCCCCCUCAGACGGUGAUGGAGAGGAGCACAACGAGGGCCAGUUCAGUGAGGACUCUUGUCGUGGGUUCUUGUACAGCCAGCUUGAAUAUCCCCCAAUCCCCGGCCAGGAUGUACAAGUAGUGUUAGCUCAGACUGAACCGAGAGAACCAUGAUGGACUUUCUCUUUAAUUUGUUAUUGUUUGUUAUGAUUUAAUUUGCAUCACACUUAUUUCAUUUUAUAUUAGUAAUGUAGUUGCUUAUGAUAGUACCAGUUAUAGUCUAGUUAUUU